AUGGAAGCCACGCCCACGCCACCCUCCCCCACUACUGUGUUUCUUGAGCUGCAGCCUCCGACGGCCUGCGGCAUGCUCAUGGAGAAGGACUCAUCAUCAGCUCACCAGGACAAUGACCUUGUGCUCCCCUACAUCUCGCGCUUGCUCAUGGAGGACGACAUCGCCGACAAGUUGUUCUUCCAGCAGUACGACCUGGACGAACCUGCACUCCUCGAGGCCCAGCAGCCCUUCAUUGAGAUCAUCUCCAAUGCCGUCGUCGUCCCGUCACGCCCCUGCAAUAAUAAUUAUUCCGGCCAGCCGCUGGUGGCACCGGCACCUUACACUGGCACCGCCGAGAGCAUGGCAGAGACUAACAGCUUAUUGCUGCCACCCGAGACCGAGACCGAGAGCAGCUGCGGCAUGGACGCGGUGAGCAUGGCAUUCUUCAGAGGCAUGGAGGAGGCGAACAAAUUCGUACCGUCCAUCGUCGUCCCUAGAGAUAGGGACCGCGAGACGGUCGUCGACGUCGAUGACAGCAGCCGGAGCCGGAAGAAGAGGCACGAGUCAGAGGCAGCGGCAGAGGCCAGCAAGCAGAUGGCGGCACCUGAAUCGGAGGAGGAAGCCACCGCACGCGAGAUGCUGGACCGGUUGAUGCUUGACGGCUACAACCCAAGCCUUGCAUCGGACAUGAACGAGGCGGAGGAGGAGGAGGAGACGAUGACGAUGUCACGGUCGUCGGGGAGGCGGCGGCGCAGCGGCACCGGCACCGGCACAAAGCACGCGGUGGACAUGCAUACCUUGCUCAUCCGCUGCGCCGAGGCCAUGUCCAACAACGACUGGUGCGCUGCGGCUGGCCUGCUUGAGCGGAUCAAGUAUCACUCGUCGCCGACGGGGGACAGCACGCAGCGGCUGGCGCACUGCUUCGCCAAGGGCCUUGAGGCGCGGCUGGCCGGCAUGGGUAGCCAGACGUACCUGUCUCUCGUGGCCAAACGUGCCUCCAUGGUCGUCGUCCUCAAGACCUACCAGCUCUUCAUGGACUCGUGCUGCUUCCUCCCUGUGCAACUGCUCUUCUCCAACAAGACCAUCUACAAGGCCGUCGCCGGGAGGAAGAAGCUGCACAUCGUCGAUUAUGGCCUAGGCCACGGGAUCCAGUGGCCGGACUUGCUCCGGUGGCUCUCGCGCAGGGAGGGUGGACCGCCGGAGGUGAGGUUCACCGGAAUUGACAAGCCACAGCCCGGGUUCCGUCCAGCUUGGCCCGUCGAGGAGACAGGGCGCCGCCUCAAUGCCUGCGCCUGCCAGUUUGGCGUGCCGUUUCAGUUCCGUGGCGUCACCAAGAAGAAGCCGGGGGCUAUCGCCGUCGAGGACCUGGACAUUGAUCCCGACGAGGUGCUGGUCGUCAACUCCAUGUUCCACCUGGAGACGUUGAUGGAUGAGAGCAUCGUGGUGGAGAGGCCCAACCCCAGGGACGUGGUGCUCGGCACCAUCAGCAAGAUGAGGCCAUCCGUGUUUGUCCACGCCAUAGCCAAUGGAUCACACAGCAGUGCUUUCUUCAUGGCACGGUUCCGCGACGCGCUGCAGCGCUACUCGGCGCUCUUCGACAUGAUGGACAACAUCGCCCCAAGAGACGACGACAAGAGGGUGCUCGUGGAGCAGGACAUAUUUGCGCGGUCCGCCACCAGCAUCAUCGCGUGCGAGGGCGUGGAACGGGUGGUGCGCCCUCAGAACUACAAGCAAUGGCAGGCGCGGAACCAGCGAGCAGGGCUCAGGCAGCUGCCAUUGGACCCCGAGAUUGUUGAAGCACUCAAAGACAAGGUGAAGAAGGAAUACCACAAGUGUUUCGUCAUCAGCGAGGAUCAACGCUGGCUUCUCCAGGGAUGGAAAGGACGUGUGCUCUUCGCCAUCUCUACCUGGACGGCAGACAGCUGAUCCAUGAUCUAACUUGAUGACAUGAAACAUUUCAAAAUAAUAACACGCACCAAGUCCUAAUUUUAGCGUAAUGAUGAUAGGGAUCGUGCACCGUCAGUGUUUUGUACUUUUAAUUUGUUCUAGACCAUAUAUAUACACCGUCAGUGUUUAAAUCCUCCCAUUUUGUUUAUAGCAUCUCUUAGCAUGACAUACAUAGCCUUAUAACAAUUCAUAAGGUGAAAGUUCCUUGGGGUCGAUACUUAGGCACCCAACGAUCGACCAGGACAAAUGGGGCAAGCAACAAAAUUGGACGGGGUCAUCAAAUUCGAUUCUAUCAAUAUGGUAUGUACUACCAAAAA